AUGACACCAACACCACCGAAAUUUGGCGUACGAUUUUUAACUCGAAAAGAACGUACUGUUCGACGAGUUACUAAAUGUGAAACACGAGAAAUUAAAAAACGUUUGGAACCAUUACCACCACCACCGCCGCCAUCAUCAUCGCCAGCUGUUAAAAAGGUUAGGCAACGUAUUGCACCUGCUCGUCCAAAACCUGCAACUCUUGUUAAACCUCGCGAACCUAAAAAAGUUGUUAAACCAAUGAUUGAAGUAUCGAGUAAUCAAACAGAACAAGUUCGAUCAGUAUCAACAACACCUACGGCAAAUCGUUCGUUAGCAGCAUCUGGUCGUACAUUACAAACAAAUGAUUUACAAAAAUUAUCUCGUUUAACUUGUUCACGUGAAUUUAGUUUUUUUCAUAAAGAAAUCAAAUGUGAGUUAAGAACUCAUGAACAUCAACUUGCUUUUUUUCAAACAAAAUUAUUUCAUUUGAAAAAUGAAUUUGUUAAUCAAAAUUCUGAACAACUUAAUUUAGAACAAAUACGAACUUAUUUUGCUGAAGCACUUCAAAAGAAUAUUGAUCGAAGAAUAAAACCUGAUGAAUUUAUAACAUUAGCUGAUAAACUGAAACAAGAUAUUAAACAAGCAAUUGAUAAAUGGUUAAAAAAGAAAGAAUUUGGAAAACAAAAUCGUGCAUUAAGUGAUUAUACACAAAAACGUCAAUCACGUAUUCGUGAAUUAAUUAAAGAAAGUAUUGAAGAAACGAAGAAACAACAAGAAAAUUCUGAAAUGAUUGAAAAUGGAGAUUCACAAGUCUCUCCUCCAAUAGAAGAUUCUCAAAUAUGUCAAAUAGAUGAGGAUCUACAAGACCAGUGCCAAGUAGUAGAAUGUAUUGAUUAG